AUGAGUCAAGGGCAAAAUGCAACAGGUUAUGGGGCCAGAAGAGAUAUUCCUGGGAGAUAUGGGAGACUUUUGUUCGAUGGAGAUGAGAGAAAGUACGAGCAAUGGCAAAUUAAAUUCCUUGGCUACAUGCGAUUGCAAAAGUUGAGAGAUACAAUUGUGGCAUCCGACGAAGAUGAGGUUAGUGACGAUAAGAACGCAGAAGCUUUCGCGGAACUUAUCCAGUUUCUUAAUGAUAAAAGCCUCUCACUGAUUAUGAGAGAUGCUGUUGACGAUGAGCGAAAAGCAUUGAAAAUCCUAACAGGACAUUAUGCUGGAACUGGUAAGCCAAGAAUCAUUUUGUUGUAUACUGAACUUACAUCCUUGGUAAAAUCACCGCAUGAAAUGGUUACUGACUAUGUUAUAGGGGCAGAAACUGCAGCGGCACCCCUCAAAAAUGCUGGUGAGAACGUAACCGAUAGUCUUUUGAUUGCUAUGGUCUUGAAAGUUCUAUCAGAAACUUUCAAGCCCUUCACUGUAGUAACAACACAAAAUGAAAAGAAACAGACAUUUAGUGACUUUAAAGGAGCCUUACGAAGUUUUGAGGAGACUGAACGAGCUAGAGCAAGCAAUUCUACUGAGGGAGACUCGAUUUUGCAGACAAUUAAUAGACAUAAACAAGAUUCAUUCGGUAUAAAGGACAAGAAAUUUUGCUAUUCUUGUGGCGAACCAGGUCAUUUUGCUCGUCAGUGUCCAAAUAAAGGGAAACCCAAGGAGAAAUUAUGGUGUAAAACUUGCCACAGUUCCACACACAAUGAUAACACUUGUCGUAAAAAUAAAAAUAAAGGCAAAAGCGAGAACAAUAAAGCUAACAAAGCUUUGAAUGUUGAGCAGGGAGAACAUACAUUUGCAUUUCAGAUUAAAGCACAGCAGGUUGUUAGCAAGAUAAAUGUAGAACCCCCGAGCAAACGUCUG